AUGUUGAUGUUUGUAUUGUUCAUCCUUUUCCUAAGCGAGACUUCAUCAUCAAACCCGUUCUCAGGAUGUGGUCCAGAGGUACCAGCUCUAAAACGGAGCAUCAAGAAACUGGAAAACAAACUCCUCAUCGGAGCUUGGCAGGUGGAAUACUUGCAGAGGCACAGAUACUUCCGUCCAAUUACACCCGUAAAUGUGUCAACUUCCGCUCCACACACGGAUUCAAACGACAACAAUAGUAGCGUGGGUGCGUUGGACAGCUCUAAUAUGACAACACUUCCACCAGCAGGAAGCUUGAUCGUCUAUGACAGAGACUGUUCCGAGCUGUUUGACAGAAUAAAACCACCAAGUGGUUUUUACCGAAUCAGGCCCAAAUCACACCAGGAGCCAUUCUUGGUCUACUGUGAUAUGGAUGACGGAGGAGGAUGGACGGUUUUCCAGAGACGGCGCCAUGGAAAAGUUGACUUUGACAGAGACUGGGUGGACUACAGAGACGGAUUUGGAGACUUCAAACUAUGGAACGACGAGUUCUGGUUGGGAAAUGAACACAUGUAUUCUCUGCUCUCGGAAGGUAAGAACCUGGUGAAGAUCGACCUAAUGGACUGGGAAGGAAAGAGAAGUCAUGCUUUUUAUGACAACUUCUAUGUCACCAACGAGGCUGAUCGAUAUCGCCUUCAGUACGGGAUGUACAGCGGCCGAGCUGGGGAUGCCCUGGCAGGUGGUGGAGGCAUGGUAGAGCAGUGGUCCGCCUGCCUCAGUGGUAUGCAGUUCAGCACCAGGGAUCAGGACAAUGACCGCUACAUUCAGGGCAACUGUGCACAGGAGAAUAAUGCUGGUUGGUGUACAACAGGGUUCACUAUUGAUUUAUGCCACGUCGCCAACCUGAACGGGAAGUUCUACCGCAGAGGGAAGUACAAGGGUCAAUAUGACAAUGGCGUGGUGUGGGGCACAUGGAGGGGUCUUUGGUAUUCGCUGAGACACACAACCAUGAAGGUGCGCCCUCUGCUUUUCCUGGACGCCAUGGGCAGCGGCGGCGGGGACGUUUAAAUACGCAAAGCAUCACAUGUCAUUCACCUUGAUGACAGACUACUGUUUUUAUAACUCUUUGUUCAAAUAAUCACUUAAUACCAAAAUGUAAUGUAACUCAUAAUAAAAACAAAUUGCAUCUCAUUCACAACUUAUGUUUAUGCCUUCAAAACCUAGUUAUAGCAGGGCUUUAUUGACGAGAAGUGUUCAUUGUUACAAAAGAGUGAAAAUAAUUACAUCAAACU